UUAGGAUACAUCAGAGCGCACAGAUGCAUCAGGCUGGAAGUCUCAUCUGACUGCAAACAUACGAGUCAUGUUAAAUGACAAAACUUUCUCGACUGAAAAGGGUUAAUUUAGACCAGUCUUUCCUGGAAAAAAAGGCAGACAAAGACUAUGAAGAUUAUUUUUGAUAAAUCCACUGUGCCAUUCCGCUGCUGAGAGGAGAUCUCCGUGUGAUGCUUCACUUUUACGCAACAGGUUCUGAGAUAAAUUUAACCGUGUCCAUGUAGGAAGAAGAAGAAGCAUGCUGUCACCGUUUUGGCCCUUUGGCAUCGAGCAGGAGAUCAACUCAUGGGAUGUAGCGGAUGCAGAGUCAGGUUCAACUUUGGAAAGGUGCUGUCCAAAGUCUCGAUGUUUUUUACCAUGGUCCUGAUCUUCACCUACUUCUUUUACUGCCUCACCGGAUUUUGCGAUUCGGCCCCAAAAACUUUAUACAGUCAACAAGCUUUAGACAGGGACUAUGACAUUUUGGACGAUCGUCGCCGCAUUUUGGAAGACCUGCGACCAUCGCCGCGUCUCCUCCUCGACGCGCCGUCUCACCGAAACAGCACAGCGUCGGCGGACGCAGAGGAGCUGGACGCGCCCGGACAGCUGCUUCAGCACGUAUCAGAAGGCGCAAAGGAGAGCGCCCCGGGCAACGGCAUCCCAGUGUCCAACACUUUCGGGACCAAAAGGUUUCCGCAGGCGAUAAUAAUCGGCGUGAAGAAAGGAGGAACCCGCGCACUGCUGGAGUUUCUCCGCAUCCACCCGGACGUGAGAGCGGUCGGCGCUGAGCCUCACUUCUUCGACAGGUUUUAUGACAAAGGGCUGGAGUGGUACAGGAACCUGAUGCCUCGGACACUAGACGGCCAGAUCACCAUGGAGAAGACACCAAGUUACUUUGUCACAAAGGAGGCUCCAAGCCGUGUCUGCACUAUGAACUGCCAAACCAAACUCAUUGUGGUGGUUAGGGAUCCUGUGACGCGGGCUGUAUCUGACUACACCCAGACACUGUCCAAGAACCCAGGCCUUCCAUCCUUCCAGAGUCUGGCCUUGAAAAACUCCUCCACUGGUCUGAUUGACACCACGUGGAGCGCUGUGCGCAUCGGUCUCUACGCCAAACAUCUGGAGAACUGGCUCCAGCAUUUCCCUUUGUCUCAUUUUCUGUUUGUUAGCGGUGAGCGGUUGGUUACCGAUCCAGCUGGGGAGAUGGGACGGGUUCAGGACUUCCUGGGUCUGAAAAGGGUUGUUUCAGACAAACACUUCUACUUCAACCAGACCAAAGGUUUUCCCUGCUUGAAGAAGCCUGAGGGGAGCAGCAGACCUCGCUGCCUUGGAAAGUCUAAGGGCAGACCCCAUCCCCAGAUCCCUUCUGAGGUCCUACAAAGACUUAGAGACUUCUACAGGCCCUUCAACCACCGUUUCUACCAGAUGAGCGGACAAGACUUUGGCUGGGACUAACAGAGGAGGAUCCUGUCACAGCCCAGAUAAAAGGCAGUCUCUUACUUGGUGAGACUGACUGUUCUAUGCUAUACAGGGCUAAUGUUCUCAGGGACGGGGUAGAAAAAUACAAAGUCCACACUCCUUUUGGUCCAUUCUGCCUCAGUGGAAUCAACAUGACAUGUAGCGCUCAUGAACUGUCACUGUUUUGUUGUAGAGUAGAAGCUGACAAGGGCACAGUGCUGCCAAUAUGCAAGUUAUACACAUAAUUAAUGGCUUAGUUAUUAAACCAUUAAACUAAUCUCUUGUUUGUAUGUUAAUGUCGUAUGAAAGUUAGAAGCAAACAAGGUACCAAAGGGAAAGAAAAAAGCAUUGCCUUUGAAUAUCACUUUUUACUUUCCUUAUGUUUUGUUGAUAAAAUAAGCUGAUAUUUAUAGUUUCUGUUGAUCUGAAAUACAACAGUUACAAUUUUUUAAAUGAAAGAAAUAUAUUUAUUACAUGACAAGGCAAGCCAUUAAAACUGACUACAUGUUCAUUGACAGGACAUUGGAAAAAAUGUCAUACUCCACAAUAAACCACUAUUUCUUUUUAAUUAUUAGCAGUGUUACUAAAAUCAACUGCAUUUAUAUUUUUAUUACAUUUACUGUUUCCAAAUGGCCUUUGGAAUGCUACAUAAUUUUAGUCUGAUGUUGCAAGAUAAUUCUCUGUAUAUUGCAGUAAAUAUACCAGUGAUACCUCAUCUGUAAAUAUUAAAUGUGUAACAAUGAUCAGAAAAUACACAUACACACAUUCCAUGUUUAGGUAUUUGUAGAUAUUCUUCCCUUCAAAACUACAUCAUUGUUUCAUUUGUCUUGGACAGCACCAACUGUAUCAGCUGUUGCUCCCUUACAAUAAAUUUUCUAUUUUGUUGUGUGAUUAUUUUGAACCAUUUUAAAUUCCAUAUGUAUAGUAUGCAGAGCACAGUGGUGUGUAUGAAACCUUUAUUCUGAUUCUGUGUUGUGAAGUAAAGUCGUAUC